AGAGGCCAAUAACGCAUGCGUUUGGUGUGUCCCGGAUUCUGGUGGGUCCUUCCGCCCAUGCGGAGAGAAGUGCUUCCGGGUCGCUGCCGGCUGCCGCCUCCCGGUGCGUCUAGGAGCCAUGUCCACCUUGUUUCCCUCCCUCUUCCCCCGUGUGACGGAGACUCUGUGGUUUAAUCUGGAUCGACCUUGUGUGGAAGAGACAGAGCUGCAGCAGCAAGAACAGCAGCAUCAGGCCUGGCUCCAGAGCAUUGCAGAGAAAGACAACAACCUGGUACCUAUUGGCAAGCCAGCCUCAGAGCACUAUGAUGAUGAGGAAGAGGAGGAUGAAGAUGAUGACGAGGAUAGUGAAGAGGACUCAGAGGAUGAUGAGGACAUGCAGGACAUGGACGAGAUGAAUGACUACAAUGAGUCACCUGAUGAUGGAGAGGUCAAUGAGCCUCCUCUCCAGGUGGACAUGGAAGGCAACGAACAGGAUCAGGACCAGUGGAUGAUCUAGGUAGACAAGGCAGGGUGGCUUCAGGGAGAUUCCAGGCCAACCCAACCUACCCUGUAACUCCUGCAGAACCAGCUGAUCACCCAGUGCCUGAAAGCUCACCCUCAGGCACCUUCUCAGCUGCUGCUAGGACCUGGUCUCCUUGGCCCCUCCCAGGCCAUCAGCCUGCCCUUGAAUCCCCAGGACUUGAACCCACCCUACCUUUCUGGCCAAUACCUCAUCCCUUGGUUGUCAGGUGUAGUUUCUUUCUAACUCUCUUUAAUAAAGACACAGGACUGAUUUUUCCCC